UGUAGUUAUGUGGCUAAAACACUGUUAAAACUGUGUGAGUAGAAAUAAUUAAAAUGAGUUCAAGUCAUUCCUCGUUUGGCAGGCCUGUGGAUCUUACAUUAAGUGGAUCCCAGGUUCCUGUAUCUCCUCCAAAGAAAUCUCGUCCAUUGUCAGCAAGGUCUUCAUCGUCCAGUAUUAUAAGCAAUAGUUCAAGAAGAUCGCGCACGGGGGACUCUUCCUCUAAUGCACUUGCUACAAAAACAUACACAAAACUUGACACAAAUCAAACAAAGCAUAAUGCUGGAAAAGCAAGAAGUGCAAAUAACGACACCAAACCAUCUUUAGCAAUGUCGUUUCCGUCCAAAGAGAAUAAGAAGCCCGUACAGACAAACACGAGGCGUAUCGAGCGAAAAGAUGAUGACAGAUCCAUUUGCUCCGAUGACCACAUUUCUUCUUUCUUUGAACAAUCUUCACAAAAAUCUCGCUCGAUGUCAAGAAGUGUUUCUUCAAAAAACAGCAGACCUCAAUCAAAUGUAUCUGUAGCAACUGUGGAUCGCGUAUUUUCCCUACCAGACAGUGCUAGAAGUAGCAGCACAGUCAAUACCAACUGGGAUGAGGAAGAUGGGUCCGGAGACAAGAAUCGUCUCUUCUUCUAGUCUUCACGACACCUCUGAUGUUGAUUUCCUGCGAUCUUAUUUAAGUAACAUGAACAAAUACAAAGAUGAUCCUUCAGCCCCUCCCACUUCCUCUGAGAGCACUCCUCGUUAUUCCUCCCAUCCUCCAUCAAUCAACGGUGAUCCAACAGGGUCCGGAUGCAAGGGAGCAACUUCUGGAGUCCUGGAGGACCCUUUAUCCAGCAGACUCUCAUUGGAGAGCUUUGAGCAACAUGAGUCCGAGCAUCUACGGGAUGUUGGUGAUCACAUGAUAAGAGAGGAUGUAGUAAAGUUCCAACAAGAAAGAUCAGCUCGUAAGAUCCAGAUCUGGUUCCGUCGUCAUAUUAUCCGGAAGAAGACGAGUGAUGCUGCUCUUAAGAGGAUGCUGCACCAUAAGAAAGAGGAAUUUGAAAAUAACAUUUUGCGUGAAUCUUUAAAACGAAGAGAAAGGACUGAAGAAGAGAAGAAAGUUCAAAGAGAGAAAAAGGCAAAAGAAGCAAGGAGACAAGCUAUUAAGGAGUUAAAAGAGAAAAGAAGAAAAAAAGAUGAAGCAAUGAAGAAGAUUGCAGAGGAGGAGGUCGCCAACAUCCGGAGUAAAAUGGAAAGGAAGAGUCGCUCCAAACCAUCAUCUGUAACAUCCAAUAAAUCAGGGAGGAGCAGAUUGGGAGAAGGUGGGAGGAAGAAAGAGGAAGAUGUGGUGGAUCAAUUGUUUGAUUCUUCGUCCAGAAUAUCAAAUAGAGUAGAUGAAGUUGAUGGUCCAAUGCCAAGUUCAACACACGAUACACAAGAAGCAAUGUCCGAUGUUACCCCAACAAACCAACCACUAGAUGACACUAGUAAGUCACGUACCACGUUGGAUGAUGUUUUAGAAACAAUCCGGAAACUUGAAGAAGAGCCUGAUAAAUUGGAAAAACCUAAAUCUAGUUUAGAAGAGAAAUUGGCAUGGAUAGAUGAACUACAAUCUGAAAACCAAUCUACUGUUUCCAAAGCAACUACAAGCCACUCACAAAACAAGACGCAAGAGCAGCCUGAUGCCUCUAAUCUCCUCACAGAAGCGAAACUUCACAGCAUCAUGGACUUCCUGGAUGAAGUGGAGAAGACAGAAGUUGCUGAGUCAUCUGUCAAUCAUCCAGUGGAGCAUGAGUCAGCAAAUCAGCUCAUGAAAGCUGAAGAGGCGGCAACUGAGGCAAUCACAAGUCAAAUGCUGAAGAUGAAACUGGAUCUUGAUGAAAAAACUAAAAGUAUUUUACUUCUAAAGAGCGCUAUGAGUCAACAAAAAGAUCUGAUGACACGACAUCUAAGAGAACAAGAGAAAGAAACCGAACAAAGAUUAAAAAUGCAGAAAGUUCAAUACGAGGCAACAAUUCAGCGACAUCUUUCAUUCAUUGACCAACUUAUUGAUGAUAAAAAAAGUUUAAACGAAAAAUGUGAACAACUUUUGUCAGAAAUGAAACAACUUGAUAAAAAAUAUCAAACAAAAAUCAAACAGCUGACAGAGGGUCAUGAGAGGGAAUUUAAAAAGGCUAAAGACGUAAUGAAUGCUGCUGAGAAACUUAGAAGAGAGAAAUGGAUUGAUGAAAAAACUAAAAAAAUUAAGGAAAUGACAGUGAAAGGAUUGGAACCCGAAAUCCAGCGUCUUAUUGCAAAACAUAAAGAAGAAAUAAAGAAAACCAAGUCCAUACAAGAAGCUGAGUUAUUGAGAUCGGACGAGAGAGCGGGUCAGCGUUAUAUCCGACAAACAGAAGAACUUCGUGAACAACUUGAAAGAGAGAAAGAAUCAGCAUGUAAAAGAGAAAGGGAAACUGCAAGAAUUCGGUAUGAGCAGCAAAUGGAGCAAGAAGACAUCGCGUUUCAACAACAGAAGAAACGACUUUAUUCCGAAGUUGCUGAAGAGAAAGAAAGACUUCACCAGCAAGCUUUAAGACAGAGGAGUGAAUUGGAUCAAUUAAAGAGGCAGCUGGAGGACAACAGUCGCAUCGCAACAUCCACGAUCAGGGAGGAGUUUGAGAAGAGCACACAUGAGACGUCCAGGAGGCAUCAGGAGGAAAUGAAUCAACUUAAGGAGAAGAUGGAAUUGGAGAAACAAGCUUGGCAGGAAAACUACAUGAAAAAACAGGAAUCGUUUAUUUUGCAAAAAGAACGAGAGCUCAAAGAAUCAGUGAGGCGUGACCGUGAUAACGAAAUCGACGUUGCUAUUCAACGUUUAGAAGAUGACAUGCAUCAUCAACGUGAAGAACUUGAAAAAACUACCGAUAACCGGAUUAAACGAAUCAGGGAUAAAUAUGAAUCUGAGAUGAAAGAAGUGGAAAAAUCUGAGAAACAGACUCAGGAGAAAUACAAUGCUAUGAAAGUUGAAUUCAACGAGAUUGAAAGCGAGAAUCUUCGUUUACAAAGUUUGACAAAACAGAAAGAACAAGAAGUUACCGAUAUUUUAAAGAUUAAAGACAAAUUAGUUGAAGAAAGAGGAAAUGUAACUGAAGUGAUCCGACAGGAAUUUGCUGAUCGACUUGUGUUAACUGAACAGGAGAACAAGAGAAUAAAAACUGAACUGUCGGAAAUGAGAGCACGCCAAAGGUUAGAGUUGGAGAGAAUUAAUGGAGAAAAAGAAGAAGAACUAGCUGAAGUUCAUAAAAGGGUAAGGCAAGCAAUAAUCAAGAAAGAGGAAACUAUUUCACAAAUCCGUCAGCAGCAUGAAGCUGCAGUAAAACGUGCAGAUCAUUUAGAAGGAUUAUUAGAAACUCAGCGAAAGCAAUUGCUUGGAAAGAAAAAAUGAACUGUUUUCAUAUUACUUAUUGUGUUUUAGUGGUCAUGUUCCGUAGGUUUAAAGUAUUUUUGCGUAUUAUUACAGUAGCGUAUCAGCGUUGGCACGGUUCUACACAUUUUAUAAUGUCUUCCGUAUUUUCGUAUAUAGUGCAUUCACUCAUAAAUUUUUACAAGUUUAA